AUGAGUUCCCAAACCCCUCACGCCGUCUGCAUCCCUUACCCAGCACAAGGCCACAUAAACCCCAUGCUUAAACUCGCCAAACUCCUCUACUCCCGCGGCUUCCACAUCACCUUCGUCAACACCGAGUACAACCACCGCCGCCUCCUCAAGUCCCGACGCGGCGGCGCAGCGGCAUCUGAUCUCUUCCAUUCCCUCCCGCCGGGCUUCAACUUCCAGACGAUCCCCGACGGCCUCCAUCCGCCAACCGACGACGACGGCGCCGUCGAUGCCACCCAGGACAUCCCUUCUCUGUGCGACUCUACCUCCAAGCACUGCUUGGCGCCGUUUCGAGACCUCGUUUUGAGGCUAAACGGCGUCACUUGCAUCGUGUCGGAUGGUUCGAUGAGCUUCACUCUCGAUGUGGCUAAGGAGCUCGGGAUCCCCGACGCGCUCUUCUUGACGCCCAGCGCGUGUGGGAUCUUGACCCACGCCCAUUUCCACCUGCUUGCAGAGAAAGGCUUGGUCCCUCUCAAAGAUUCGAGUUACUUGACCAACGGGUAUCUGGACGAGACAUCCAUCGACUUCAUUCCAGGACUGAACAAGAACAUCCGCAUGAAACAUCUCCCUUCCUUCGUCCGAACCACCAACCCUAACGACGUCAUGUUCAACUACAUCCAGAGAGAGGUCUCGCGAGUGCCCGAGGGAUCCGCCCUCCUUCUCAACACGUUCGACGCUCUAGACCAACAAAUUCUCGCCGCUCUCUCCACAGUGAUCUCCCCAAACAUUCUCACCAUCGGGCCUCUCAACUUGCUCCUCAACCAGAUCAAAGGGCACGACGAGUUGAAGGAAGUCAACACAAAUCUAUGGACCGAGGACACCGAGUGCAUCCAAUGGCUGGACUCCCAAGACCCCAACUCCGUUUUGUACGUCAACUUCGGGAGCAUCACCGUGAUGACACCACAACAAUUGAGCGAGUUCGCGUGGGGGCUUGCAAGAAGUGGAAAGCCCUUCUUGUGGGUGAUUCGGCCCGACCUUGUUGGGUCCGAUGAUGAUCUGCCGUUGGAGUUCGUGGAGGAGACAAAGGACAGAGGGAUGGUGGCGGGGUGGUGCUGUCAGGAGGAGAUCCUGAGCCAUGGUGCAGUUGGUGGGUUCUUGAGCCACAUGGGUUGGAACUCGACGGUGGAGAGCUUGUCGUACGGUGUGCCGAUGUUGUGCUGGCCCUUCUUCUCGGAGCAGCUCACCACUUGCUUCUAUGCCUGCAACGAGUGGGGAGUCGGGAUGGAGGUGGAUCCGGAGGUGAGGAGGGAGGAAGUGGAAGGGUUGGUGAGGGAGUUGAUGGGCGGGGACAAGGGGAAGGAAAUGAAGAGGAGGGCUAUGGAGUGGAAAAACAAGGCAGAGGAGGCGACUAGGGUUGGUGGUUCGUCGUUUCAGAAUAUGGAGAGAUUGGUUGAGUUGUUGUUGGGUAACAAAAUGAGUUGA